CUGCAUUGUUGCCAUUCCUUUGCACUUUUCCUAAUUUUUGUUCCAUAUUUAUCCAAACCAAACGAUAGUGUGUACGGUAGCUACCGGGCCGCAAAAUGCCUCCAAAGAAAGCGCCAUCCACCUCGAAGAAAACGGAAACAAAGAAAAAGGAGAAAAUCAUCGAGGAUAAAACAUUCGGUUUGAAGAACAAAAAGGGUGCGAAGCAGCAAAAGUUUAUUUCGCAGGUGGAAAAGCAGGUGAAGAGUGGUGGACAACAUAACCUUAACCAGACGGUAAAUGCCAAGAAGGAGGAGAAGGAAAAAAAGCUGAAGGAGCAGAAAGAAUUGGCGAAACUGUUUAAGCCGGUCGCUACCCAGAAGCUGGAGGUUGGUGCCGAUCCCAAGUCGGUACUGUGUGCGUUUUUCAAGCAGGGCACCUGUACGAAAGGGGACAAAUGCAAAUUUUCACACGACCCGGCAGUGGAACGUAAAUCGGAGAAGCGCUCGAUACACGUCGAUAUGCGAGAUGCCGAUGCGAACGAUACGAUUGAAAACUGGUCCGAGGAGAAGCUGGCGGAAGUGGUUGCCAAGAAGCACGGUAAAGAGAAAACGAUGCCUACUACGACGAUUAUUUGCAAAUACUUCCUCGAUGCGGUAGAACGUUCGCUGUACGGUUGGUUCUGGGAGUGUCCCAACGGUGAAAAGUGUAUUUACCGUCAUGCCCUACCACCUGGUUACGUGCUGAAGAAGGACAAGAAAAAGGCCGAAUCGCAGAAGGAAGAGAUAUCGCUGGUCGAUUUGAUUGAACGCGAGCGGGCUGCACUUGGGCCGAGCCAGACGCGAGUAACACUGGAAUCGUUCUUGGCAUGGAAAAAACGCAAGAUACAGGAGAAGAAGGACCGGCUGCAGAAGGAGGAAGAGCGUAAGCUGAAGGACUUCAAGGCCGGCCGGCAGAAUGGUCUAUCCGGUAGGGAAAUGUUCAGCUUCAAUCCGGAUCUGGUCGAUGAUGGCGUGGAUGAUGGUGAGGUGGCAGUGGAGUCGUACGGUCGCAACGAAGACGAUGACGAUGCGACCGAGUACAGGGAGCUGGAUUUGAACAUGCUUAGUCUGAACAUCAAAGAUGUCGAUAAUACUGGCACGGUUGCUGAGUCCGAUCGGUGGGAGAAGAUGGCAGCGGAAGCAGCCAGUCGAACUGCGGCUGACGAUGCUGCAAACGGCGAUGAUGAUGAUGAGGAGGGUGCUACCGGAACCACGGCGAACGAUGCAGCACCCAUCAAUGAAAACCUCUUCCUCGAAGAAGACCUUGAAGGGUUGGACGAUGAGCUGAGCGAUGACGAGGAGGACGACGACGAAGAGGAAAAUGAUGGUGGGACUUCGAAUGAAACGAGUGAAAAAUCGUGA